AUGACUUCCCCGAAUGCUUCGCAGCACCGGCGGGUUAGCUCGUGGGAUCCAUUUCAGCACCCGGACAUUUAUUAUGGAGAUGAGGAGGCUAUUGCACGGAUAAAGAACCGCCGGCGAGCAUUCUCUUCGACGUUGAAAUCGUUUAAUCGACAGGAUAUACAAGAUCUACUAGGCGAGCACCCUGGAAGAAGGGGUAGUCACGAUGAAAGAUCGGUAAAUCCUAGGAAGUUCAUCAUCGAUGUCGACGAAACCCUUCAUAGUCUUCUGGAAAGAGAGGACACCGACGGGAAUAUGCAAAUCACCAUCGAGGAUGUCGGACCUAAGGUUUUCUCCGUAGGAACCGCAGCAUCUUCCGGGUACAAUCGAUUCGACCUUCGAGGAACUUACAUGCUCUCUAAUCUCCUCCAAGAGCUAACAAUUGCCAAGGACCAUGGUCGGAAACAUAUCAUUCUAGAUGAGGAUCGUCUUAGCGAGAACCCAGUCUCACGGCUUUCGCGGCUUAUCAAGAACUCUUUCUGGAACGCUCUUACCCGAAGAAUCGACGGGUCUAACAUCGAAGUGGCUGGACGGGAUCCCAAGGAUUGGACGGACGACCCGAGACCCCGGAUCUACGUACCCCCAGGCGCCCCUGAACAACUCGAGUACUAUCGGAAGGUUGCAAAGGAACACCCUCAGCUGCGCCUGGAUGUGCAAGUGCUGGAUGGGGAGAUCACACCGGAGUAUGUGAGAGACCUCAAUGGUAAACCGGGCCUUCUGGCUUUAGCGAUGGAGGAGAAGUAUAACGAGUCAAGCAAGGAAACGGAAUAUGUUGGAGUACCGUUUGUCGUUCCGGGAGGGAGAUUUAAUGAGCUGUACGGAUGGGACAGCUAUAUGGAAUCGUUGGGGCUGAUGGCUAGUAGCAAAGUUGAUCUGGCUAAAGCUAUGGUGAUCAACUUCUGUUUCUGCAUUAAGCAUUAUGGAAAGAUCUUGAAUGCAAACCGCUCAUACUACUUGAUGCGGUCUCAACCCCCAUUCCUAACAGAUAUGGCCUUGCGCGUGUAUGAGCGCAUUAAAGGCGAACCAGAUGCUUUAGAUUUUCUUCGGCAGGCCACUCUUGCUGCUAUCAAGGAGUACUACAGCGUCUGGAUGUCGGAACCGCGGCUUGACCCUGUCUCCGGAUUAUCACGAUACCGGCCGCAAGGAAUCGGAGUGCCUCCAGAAACCGAACCUACGCAUUUUAUGCAUCUUCUCACUCCCUAUGCCGAAAAGCACGGUAUGAAAUUUGAGGACUUUGUCCAAGCUUACAACACCGGUAAGGUUGAGGAGCCUGAGCUUGAUGAAUAUUUUUUGCAUGAUAGGGCUGUUAGAGAGUCUGGGCACGAUACUAGCUACCGUCUUGAAAGAGUCUGUGCCAACCUUGCAACGGUGGAUCUGAACUCCCUCUUAUUUAAAUACGAAGUCGACAUUGCCCGUACCAUACGGAACUAUUUCAAAGACAACCUCGAAAUCCCCCCCGAGUUCCGGACACCAAUAACCAAGGAUAUUAAGAGCGAGUCUUCCUCGGUAUGGGACCGUCGGGCACGCCGGAGAAAAAUGAGGAUGGACACGUAUCUUUGGGAUGAAGAAAAGGGCAUGUUCUUUGAUUACGAUACCGUCCUGCAGAAACGCACAAGCUACGAGAGCGCGACCACUUUCUGGGCUAUGUGGGCUGGUCUAGCUACACCGCACCAGGCUGCUGAGAUGGUUAACAAGGCUCUUCCACGUCUCGAGGUAUUUGGCGGAUUAGUCUCCGGCACCGAAGAAUCUCGAGGUGCAGUUGGGUUGGAUCGACCGACACGGCAGUGGGAUUAUCCAUACGGCUGGGCACCUCAGCAGAUGCUCGCGUGGACGGGACUGCUUCGGUACGGGUACCAAGAAGAAGCUGAGAGACUUACCUACAAGUGGCUUUAUAUGAUCACGAAAGCAUUUGUUGAUUUCAAUGGUGUUGUUGUGGAGAAAUACGAUGUGACUCGGCCUAUAGAUCCGCACCGUGUUGAUGCUGAAUAUGGAAACCAGGGUGUCGACUUUAAAGGUGCCCCAAGAGAAGGGUUUGGUUGGGUCAAUGCUAGCUAUGUGUAUGGGUUGGAUAUUCUGAAUGCGCAUCAACGGCGUGCUCUGGGAGCAAUCACCCCGUAUGAUACGUAUAACAAGGCUGUGUCUAUGCAGGAUGCGGUGUUUGGAGGAUAA